AUGUGUUCUCUGCAGUUGCCGAAUUGCAGAGGCGUGCACCAGUCGAAGUUCGCAGUUGGAUUUUCCCCGGUCGAGAAGAAGGCUCGGAAGAGCAAUGUCGCGUUCGAUUCGUCGUUUAGCGGCGGAGGUUUGGGUUUGUGCGAUGAGCUGCAAAGGAAGAGGCGGCUGCGGCCGAGCGGGAGGAAUUCUAGGGUUUUUGCGAUGUCUUCGGGCGAGUUGAAGAUGAAUCUGAACGAGUACAUGGUGACGCUCGAUAGACCGCUGGGCAUCCGUUUCGCCCUCUCGCUUGACGGACGAGUUUUCGUGCAUGCGCUUCGGAAAGGGGGUAAUGCUGAGAAGUCGAGAAUAGUUAUGGUGGGGGAUACAUUAAAAAAGGCGAGCGAAUCAUCUGGUGGGAAGCUUAUCGAGAUCAGAGACUUUGGAGAUACAGAGAGUCUUAGAAACGAGAAAUCGGGAUCAUUUAGCCUUGUUCUUGAGAGACCUUUCUCACCGUUUCCUAUCCAUCAACUUUUUCGUGUUGAUGAUCUUGAUGUUUUGUUCAAUCGAGGCCGUGUUCCAGUUGUUACUUGGAACAAAAAUAUAUUGGCAUCAAAUCUGAAGAGUAGUGGUAAUUCUGGGUUUGUGGUUUUUUGUCCAAAGUUUUUAUCUACCCAAGGGUGGAAAUAUUUAAGCAAUCAAAACAAGAAUGGCAAGCUGCAAAUGGUUAAUAACACCCCUACCCCACCAUUCAGUCCUCUAGUAGCUAUUUUCACUGAACAAAUGUCUCAAGAUGCUGAAUGGGCCCAUGGGAACUUCCCUUUGGAUGAGUACGCUAUGGCCUUGGAACGUGCAGAGGGGGAUUUCCAUUAUAAUCAUUCUCUUGGUAUGCGCUAUAGUAAGAUCACGGAACAGAUCUAUGUUGGUUCAUGUAUUCAAACUGAAGGCGAUGUAGAGAAUUUGUCUACAGCUGCGGGAGUUUCUGCUGUCCUGAAUUUUCAGAGCGCAACUGAAGCUGCAAACUGGGGAAUUGAUUCAAAUUCAAUCAAUGAGUCAUGCCAAAAGUUUAAUAUUCUUAUGAUUAACUAUCCAAUAAGGAAUGCAGAUUCUUUUGACAUGAGGAAGAAGCUGCCAUUCUGUGUUGGUCUUCUACUACGUUUACUUAAGAAGAAUCAUCGUGUUUAUGUCACUUGCACUACUGGAUUUGAACGGUCUCCUGCUUGUGUGAUUGCAUACCUCCACUGGAUGACAGAUACUUCUCUUCAUGCAGCUUACAAUUUUGUUACUGGGUUGCAUUCCUGCAAGCCUGAUAGGCCAGCAAUUGCCUGGGCAACUUGGGAUCUCAUGGCCAUGGUCGAAAGAGGCAGACAUGAUGGGCCUCCUACACAUGUUGUGACCUUCGUGUGGAACGGACUCGAGGGGGAAGAUGUAUACUUGGUGGGGGAUUUUACUGGGAACUGGAAAGAGCCGAUCAAGGCCGUCCAUAAGGGUGGUCCAAGAUACGAAGUUGAAGUUAGACUUCCUCAGGGGAAGUACUAUUACAAAUACAUAACUAAUGGAAACUGGAGGCAUUCAACAGCUUCACCGACUGAAAGGGACGACCGAGGAAAUAUUAACAAUGUGAUUGAAAUUGGUGAUACUGCAAGCGUGAGACCUUCUGUCCAGCCGCAAAAGAAGGAUGCAAAUAUUGUGAAAGUCAUUGAGAGGCUGUUGAUCGAGAAUGAACGCUUUACGUUGGCAAAGGCAGCUCGAUGUUGCGCUUUUGCUGUGAGAAAACAAAUGACUGCAAAUAAUUUCGAGUUUUUGCCAAUCGUCUGCUUUCACACCGCCGUUGGGUCGGGCAACCACGCACUCAGGUCAGGCAAGCAUCAUCUUCAAGAGCCUUCGUCAGUCCGGGCCUCGUGCGUUGCACUGCCGCUCAUAGCCCCGUCGAAGUGGAUCUCAAAGGACCCGAAAUUGAAAGGCGAUUUCUAA